AUGGAUCCAAGCUUGUCACACAACUCACAAUACAUCUGGCCAAUCGGCAUGAAUCCCAGUUUGUCACAUGUCGUGCAACCAAGCUGGCCCUUCGGCGUGGAUCUUAGUUUGUCACACGGCAUGCAACACAACUCGCAACUCACCUCGCAACCCAGCUUGACACACGGCUCGCAACCCAAUCAGGAAUACUGGAAGGAAAUAAUUGUCAAAGAUUUGGGAUAUUCCGAGGUUGCUUUCUGGCAUAUUGACAAACUCUUCUACAUAGACUCCUAUGCAUCCAAACUCUGUGCUUAUGCAGCAAAGACCAGAGACACAACUUGCUGUACUAUAGGGCUAGGUCCCCUGUCUUUUGCUGUUCCUGUGUUAGGCUAUCCCAACGAAUUUGUGGUGGGUGUUGCUACUAGUAUCAUACUAAUUCUAUGGGAUACUUCCACAAGUUUUCAAUAUCCUUUUUAUUUCGUAUUGAAAUCCAAGGAGGGACUUCCUCCAGGUACCAGAUGGAAUUAUGGAAGUGUCGAUCAAAACAGCAAAAUAAUUAUAGGGACGACGAACGAUCUUCCGGACGCGCGUGAAGGCAAUUUGGGAAGUGUGUGGGCUUUUGGUCAGAAUAAGAAUCUUCUAUUAAAACUUGACAAUCUUAGUACGAUCACUGGUGGAUUCGCGUGGGGCCCGCGUCCCGUUAAAGAAAAGGCCGAAAAGACACCGCCUGUGAAAUUGUAUUUCGCCGAUACUGUAAAAGAUGAAGUCGUAACCUACGAAGUUCUGCAAAAUCGUGAUACAAAGAUUAAAUGCCAAAAAAAACUGUUUUACUUGCCAGAACAUGGCGUAAACGGCGAUCCGGGUCGUAUAGCAAUUGAUGAUAGAGGAUUUCUCUGGGUGCCACUUAUUGGAGGGCAUGGAGUCAUUGAAUUUAAUCCUGUUGCAAAAAAGACGAAUCGAAUCAUUAAGUUACCUGCAGCCAAAGUCGGAGCAUGUACUUUCGGAGGCCCUCACUUGGAUAUUUUAUAUGUAUCAACAAUAGGAUAUGAAUACAAAGAACCUCGUGAACAUCGUCCACAAGGCGAUCUAGGUGGUCAUAUUUUCGCUAUCCACGGUCUUAAAGUGAAGGGAAUACCGACAAGAGAGUUCACCGUUUUUCCCGAUGGACUACCUGAUCAAAUAUUAAGCUCUCGUGAGAUCAUUAAAAGGGAAAAGAUGUUGGUCGCUCGUCGUCAGAGCGGCAUCACUAGGAGGACUAAAGCUGCCCGAGUCGAAACAUAG